AGCUCUUGUCUAGCAGUGGGCAGGGCUUCAGACAGGAGGUCAUCAAAAACAUGGCGUGGAGAGGAUGUGUAACGAUAAUGAAAUGGACCAAAACAGAGUUCACCACAUCUAAAAACAUAACUUCACGAAGCACCAGACUCAACCCCUACAACCAACAAAGAUGUGGCUUCCGUCGCGACGCCAAAAGGCCAGACACAAAAAAGGGCAAUGUCACCAAAGAAACAAGGGCCUCACCCUCUGAAGCUGGCACACCAGGGCCUCCUCCUCCUCCCAAAGUCCCCAGGCCAACACUUUUCAAACCUCUGAUGUUCACAGUGGGGUUUACAGGCUGCUCCUUUGGUGCGGCAGCCAUCCUGCAGUAUGAGACGCUGAAGUCAAGAGUUCAGAGUGCAAAAGAUGAAGCUGAGUCCGAAAAAUUCUUAGAGGGAUCUCAGGACAUGGCUUACUGGCAUGACUGGUGGAACCAACUGACAGACUUCCAGCGACAGCUCAUCCUCCUCAUGUCCAUGGUGGAUGACUUCUGGAGCAGCCUCACCGAGGGACAAAGGACCGUCACUGGUAUCAUUGCAGUAAAUGCUGUAGUCCUGUGUUGCUGGCGGAUCCCCUCAAUGCAAAGAAGCAUGAUUAAGUACUUCACGUCCAACCCAGCCUCCAAAACACGGUGCAUUCCCAUGGUACUGUCCUCCUUCAGCCACUACUCCAUUAUCCACAUGAUGGCGAACAUGUAUGUCCUGUGGACAUUCUCCUCAGGAAUUGUCUCUCUCUUAGGGAGGGAGCAAUUUCUUGCAGUCUACCUAUCUGCCGGUGUGAUUUCCACUAUGGUUAGCUACAUGUGUAAAACAGCCACUGGGCGGCUUUAUCCCACAUUAGGAGCGUCAGGUGCGGUUAUGGCAGUCUUAGCUGCAGUCUGUGCAAAGGUGCCAGAGGCCAAACUAGGCAUUAUCUUCCUUCCCAUGGUCACCUUCACAGCAGGAAAUGCUCUGAAAGCUCUCGUUGCUAUAGAUACGGCAGGGCUUAUAUUGGGAUGGCGGCUGUUUGACCAUGCAGCUCACCUUGGUGGAGCCCUCUUUGGAGUAUGGUAUGUGGCAUACGGUCACAAACUGAUCUGGAGGAAGAGGGAGCCUCUGGUGAAGCUGUGGCAUGACAUACGUUCUCCAGGUGCUGGUAGAUCCAGGCCUGGAGGCGGGCCUGGGAUCAGUGGAGCUGAUGGUGGUGGUGGACCAAGACCACAAUAAGACUCUUCAAGGUCCCCGGGGUCCUUUCUUUGAAAGAACUGAUCUCCAGAGUUACCUCAGAAUAUGCAAGGACACUUUUAUCCACUGAGAUAGAGUUGGAUGUUAUUGUUUAUCAAUAAAUAUAGUUUUUCAUCCAAGGUCAGGAAUGAGUGUAAGCUGAUUUUAUGGUAUGAAGAAGAAUUUUGAAAAAUAGGUCUGACUUCACACCUGGUGCUACAAUCCAGAUGUUGAUCCGUAUACUGAUAACAUCUGCAACCCUUUUGUGUUUCUUUUAUUGUAAAGAGGAAUUAUUCUUUAUUAAAACAAGAACUUAUCCAA